AUGGACGUCAUGGCUCAACUGGCUUCACAGUACUACAUUCCAAGUCGAAACCGCUCGUUCUCGGCCCCAAUUCAUCCAUCAGCUUUAGGCCCAGCCUGGAAUACUUUUACGGAUGACUCGUCAGUGUCAGCUGCUACACAACAUCAUUUUCAGAAUCAGAAUCAGCCUUUACAACCGCAUCAGCCACCGCUUCCUCAGGGUCCACCACCUCCGAUGCUUAAUAUCAUUGUACCACCGCUACCUGGUGACGAUAUAUCCGUCGGCGCUAUUGGUCAAGCCGUGCAGUCUUUACAAUUAUCAAACGAAGAGAGAUCCGAAGCAGUUCAUGGAGACAGUGAAGUCGCAUGCGUCCCUUUACCUGCUACAUUUCUUCGUACAAUUUGCGACCAAUUGGAGUACUACUUUUGUGACGAAAACUUGCUGGGUGACUUAUUUUUAUUAAAAAAUAUGAAUAUGGAUGGAUAUGUGAAAUUGGACUUGCUGGCGUCAUUUGGUCGAGUGAAAAAGCUUACGACAGAUAUGGAUCAGAUUAAAAAAGCUUUGGAAUUGUCGACUAAAUUGAUUUUGAACGAGGACGAGACGAUGGUGUGUCGGAAAGAACCAUUAGCACCGAAUCAAACGUAUCAUGGCAAAUUGGCCCGUACAGCAAUUGCGUACAAUCUACCGGAAGAUGCAUCUGUUGCAACACUGCGUGAAACAUUUCAAGGAUGUGGCGAAAUUUCAUAUCUGCGUCUGCUCAAGCAGAAUACAACCACAGGUCGCAAUGCCGUGCUCAAGCCUCCAAUUGCGGCAGGAGAGACAUACGCGAUCAUCGAGUUUGUGGACGAUGAAAUGACCAAGCAUGCCGUGUUGACGUUGUCGGACCAAUAUAAUUGGCGCACAGUCGAACUAGGAGGAGAUCGUCGUCGUGCCAAGUCAGCAUCAGCAAUCACACGUCCAGUGCACGUGGAAUCGGUCGGAGAAGGUCUGGAUGAUCUUCGUGAAGGAAAGGUGAACACUGGUACGGUUUACUCGAUUCGUGGAGCUGGUGGACUUAUUACACCUGCGCGGCAAGAUUCGGCUUGUAUUUCAUUUCGUCUGAUACCGGAUGAAGACGGUAACGUGGACAUUCGACAAGGAGAUUACGUUUCUUUUACAGUGGGAAAGAACAAAAAGAGUGGCCGGAAAUAUGCCAGUAAGGUCAAGCUUGAGUUUCGUCCCCCAGCAAAUCUAACUGGUGAAGCCAAUAAUGCUAGUGCGACUACUGGACCAUCGAGUGGAAAUGGACAGAAGGAUUAUUUCUCGCCGUCGCCAAGUCGAUGGGAAUCGCGGAGUCGUGCUGCAACAGUUGGCGCUCCGUCUCAACCGACGGGGUUCCGAACACGAUCGUCAUCGUCUAACACGCGCCCCAAGCUGAGCCUAUCGUCGCCGCGAAUGUCUCAAUCACCGGUACAAAAUACUCUUGGUGGCAAUCUCUUAGUGCCGCCACCUGGCAUCGCAGUUAACGGCAGUACCCAGAUAUAUCGUCAAGCAAUUGGACCAGAUGGCACGCGGGGCUUUGGCUUUCGUCGUACGGGUGGGGAACCGCCGGAGAUGGCGUCAGAUCUCAAAUUUCCAGUCAUGGAGCGUCGAAGAACGCGUUCUUCGGGUGGUGCCUGGUAA